UAUCUCUUUUGGCGUUCUACUGAUCGCUCGUUCAUUGUUCAUACCUAUCGUACAAGGUACAAAUCAAUUAAGUCAGACUAACUACGCUUGAUUAUUGUGGUAGGUGGCAGUUUAUUCAACAAUAAACACAAACGUCAGAACAAUAGAAGUCGUCAACAAAUCAAUAGGUAUAAAUCAGAGGCGUAAUUUAACUUUUUUGGAGACGGCGUUUUGUAUAGCUGGGAUUACACAGCUGACGCGAAGUCUUGGCCGCGUAUAUUUUAUAUUGUAAACAUAGAUUGCCUUCGAUCAGAAGUAAUCAAUGUCCAUGAAUAUAUUUAUCACGUAAUAACAGUCAGAAGUGCAACAUAAUCAAGAAGUAAUCACCGAAGGCACACGGUUAGAUUUUCUUUAUUGAACAUGGACAAAUGUAAAUUUAUUAUUUGUAUAGUAUUCGUGUUCACUCAGGAGAUUGGUAGAAGAGUGGAGGCACAAUCCAAUAAUGAAUGUUUUACGCCAGAUGAUCUCAACGGAUCUUGUAUCAACAUAAAAUCAUGUCCACCGUUACGAACAUUAUUAGAAACUCAAAGAAAAAAUUCUACUAUUGUCAACUUUCUUAGAAAUUCCAUGUGUGGAUAUGAGGGUAAAGAUCCAAAGGUAUGUUGUCCAUUGGAUAGAGAGCCUUCCAACCAGCCUGAUACUACUCAAAGGAUGACUACUUCAAGACCUGAUUCGUCCGGAUCAACAGUUUACGAAACAGUUUCGUCGAUCAAAUUGCCUUCUCAAAAGACUUGUGGUCGGUCAAAUUCUAGUCACGUUCGAAUAGUUGGAGGAAAUCCUGCUGAAUUAGGUGCUUGGCCCUGGAUGACAGCACUUGGGUAUCGAGAUCUCAAUAGACCAAAUUCCGAUUAUCAGUGGUUGUGUGGAGGUACUUUGGUAUCAGAAAGAUACGUAAUAACCGCUGCUCACUGCACUGUCGGUAUUGGAAAUCGAAAAUUAGCUGUUGCACAUUUAGGUGAUUUGAACUUAGAUCCUUCCGUGGAUGAUGGAUCUCAACCAAUAGAUAUUCCAAUUUCACGUGUAAUGACACAUGAACGGUAUAACGCACAAGAAUACACUAAUGACAUUGCAUUAUUAAAAUUAGAAAAUAGUGUUAGAUUCAAUCAAUAUAUUCAACCUAUUUGUUUACCCAUCUUGUCGCAUCAUAGAGCUAACAAGUUAGUUAAAUCUGUACCGUUUGUUGCUGGAUGGGGUGCCACGUCAUUUCGGGGACCUAGUUCUACUGCUUUAAUGGAAAUUCAGAUACCUGUGUUAGAUAAUACAGAGUGUAAACGAGCAUUUGCUAACAAAAAAGCCGUUAUCGAUGACAGAGUUUUAUGUGCUGGAUUUUUAACAGGAGGAAAAGACGCUUGUCAGGGAGAUUCCGGAGGUCCCUUGAUGUGGCCAAGUGGUAAUCAAUAUUAUUUAGUGGGUGUUGUGUCUUUUGGAUUUAAAUGUGCUGAACCAGGUUAUCCAGGUGUAUAUUCUAGGGUGUCAUCAUUUGUUGAAUGGAUCGCAGAUAAUAUAAACUAUAGUUAAAUUUAAUUAAAAUUUAUGUUGCUUAAUAUGUAUUUUACUUAAGAACGAAACGAAUAACAGACAACUCCGUGCAAUCGAUUAUUUUUUUUAUACUUUUACAAUACAUUUAUAAUUAUUCAGAUAACUA